GUCGAGUGGCGCUCGCGCGUUGCCGCAGUCGCAUCGCAGCGCGAGUGCAGCGAGGACCGGCGAGGACGCUCGGCGAGGACGCGAAACCUCUGACGCAGCGCCGCCGCCCACGGCGGGCGCGACCGCGACCUCGGGCGGGGUCGAGACGAGACACGCCGCUCGCUCAUCACUAGAUGCUUGUUUGGGGUCAGUGCAAAGAGGUCUCAUGAAUAUGCAAUUUUUUGGCGGCAAAAGUGAGGCUGGAUUUUGCGUGCUCACGGCGACCUAGGCUACUGACCCACUUCCUUCGACGACGAAAGGAUAGUAACUGUGUAAGCUGGAAAAUUGACAAUGGGGAGCUGUUGCAGUUCGUCUGAUCGUGUGGAGCCAGCCAACACAAGUCAGAUACCGGUCUACUUCUUAGCACAUUGUUACCACAACGGUGAUAUUGACAGAGUACUAAAUGGAUAUGACAGCUGUGGAAAUGUUUGUGGGAAAAAAAAUGCUCGUGAUUCCACUAUUACAUGCCUAGGAUUGGAUUACACUGAUAAAAAGUUCCUUCAAAUUAAUGGGAUUAAUGGAAUUAUUUUGAAUCAGAGGAACAUUGAUCGACAAUGUGUAUCUUCAUGUGAAGGAUACCGGCAAUUACUGAACCGAUGUAUUCCACAAGAAACAAAAGAAAAUAAAAAAACAUAUUUUACAAAAACUGGCAUACCAGAUUACCUUCAGGAGGUUACAGAAGAUCUUGACAUUUGUAAGAUGGAAAUUUUGUAUCUUUUUCUCAUUUCUUUUGGAUUCUCAGUUCUUCUCAUUAUCUUCUUUCGGUUCCUUGCUGGUGUAGUUGUUUGGGUGAUUCUAAUUGGAGCAAUGAUCACAAGUGUUGCUGGAACAGUUUUCUUAUGGAUAUUGUGGAAGAAUAAAAAGGAUGCCCUGAAGACAAAAACGCAUGAUGUUGAUUCAGCGACAGAAUCAGUUACUAGUUAUUUGGCUUUUGCUAUCGCCGCAACAAUAGUAACCGUUAUUAUUUGGCUGGUGAUUCUUGUCAUGAGGAAACGUAUUAAACUUGUGGUGCAGCUAUUCAAAGAAGCUGGGAAAGCAAUCAGCAGCAUGCCACUAAUCUUGUUUGAACCAAUACUUACAUUUCUUUCAAUCGGAGGUUUAAUAGCAAUUUGGCUAUAUUUUAGUCUUUGGAUAGAGAGUGCUGGAUUUUUGACACGUGUAUCAGAAACUGAUCUGAAGUAUUACUACAAAAAGGAUACAAUCAUUAAGGUUGCACGUUGGUAUAAUCUUUUUGCUCUCUUUUGGUUGGUUCAAUUUUGUGUGGGUUGUCAACAUAUGGUAAUAGCAGGAGCAGUAUCAAAGUGGUUUUUCACUCGGGACAGAAAUUCAAUGGGUUGUCCUAUUGCAAGAUCAUUUUGGAAUCUUAUUCGAUAUCAUCUGGGAUCAGUAGCUCUUGGAUCAUUUUUAAUUGCUCUUGUGCAGAUAAUACGUGCUAUUCUGAAAUAUGUUGAAUCAAAAACAAAAGCUAGUGAAAAUGCUGUGAGUAGAUGUAUCUUCAGGACAUGUCAGUGUUGCCUCUGGUGUUUUGAAAAAGUUCUACAAUUCUUUUCUCGUAAUGCAUAUAUUGAAGUAGCUAUGAAUGGUUACAAUUUUUGCAAAGGUGGUCAACAAGCUUUUAAAUUGUUUGCUACCAAUGCUUUACGAGUUGCUGCGAUUAAUUCAGUGGGAGAUUUUGUAUUAUUUUUAGGAAAAGCAAUAGUAGUUAUUGCUACUGUUUUAAUUGGAGUGCAUAUGUUACAGGAUAAAGAAGAAAUACAACAUAAGUGGAUACCCUUGGCAUUAGUGGGUCUUUUUGCUUAUGUUGUAUCACAUAUUUUUGUCACAGUUUAUGAGAUGGCAAUUGAUACAAUAUUCCUGUGCUUUUGUGAGGAUUGUGAGGAAAAUGAUGGCCUAAGUCGUCCAUAUUAUAUGAGCAGGGGAUUAAUGGAAUUUGUUCAGAACAGUAAAAAAGCUUUAUCAAUUCGUGAUAAUCCUCGUGGGGAAGCCUGGAGUUCAAGUCCACAUAAGAAAUAAUAAAACAGUCAUGGAAAGGAGUACUGUUUCACAGUUACCUAUUUUCAUAUUUUAUAAACAAUUUUAUAUGAACUUGCUUGUGAAAUUUUAGCAAAUCUGCUGAUUUCUGAAUCUCCAUGUUCCACUUCUAAGAAUAUUAUCUUUAAAAUUGUAAUUGUUGAAUAAAAAGUACAAAUAUGAAUAUAGCAAAUUAAAGUCAGCAGAAAGUAAACUUUGGAUGCAAAAACAAACUGGCCUUCGCUGACAUGCUAUCAUUAAAUUCGCUACUUUUAAAUUAGGUCUUUAAUGGAUUUUUAAAUGUCAUUCCAAAGAAGAUAUUUAUGUUAACUUACCAUUUUGAGAAUGAUUACUUUUUAAAUCAUGCACAUAAAUUCAAAGUGUUCGUUAAAAACUAAAUGAAUAAAAUAAUAGAUUUAAAAUGUGGCAUUUGCUGAGAGGAAAACAUUUUGUGUAAUAGUUCACACGUGGACUUAGUAGCAAUUUUUUAAAUUUCAUUUUCUUAUUUUGUAAAAUCCUUAGGUCAAUAAAAGAACUUUCUAUUCAUUCAGGUACACAACUAUUAUUCUUAAUAAAUGCACUUCAACUUUCUUUGUCUGCAAGGCACAAAAAUUAUUAAGAGGUUUGAUAAAUAUUGUAUUUUGUAUAUUGUACAUAAAUCAAUUACAAUUGUAAAUGUAAUCAGAAACCAGAGUGUGAGGAGGUGUUAAAUAUGCUGCAUGAUCUUUACAAACUCUUUUCUACUACAUAGAACUUCAAAUGUCUUUGCUGAUUUUAAAGGGCUAUCAUAACAUUUUAAUAUUGAAAAUUGAGUGUGUGUUCUACAAAAGAUAAUGAAAACAUCACUGUAGCAAAACAGCCCUACAUAUCCAUUUUAUUACUGCCAGGUGGCUACAGAUAAAUAAUAGACAUGUGUAUAUUAUUUAUAUGCACAUGUAUUUUAUAUAUUUUAUUUAUUUAUAAUAAACAUUUGUGUGUGCACCUCACUGGGAAAAUGUCUAAUUAGUAUUAAAGUUUUUUAAUGCUUUUGGUUACACAAAAUUUAUGAUUAAGUUCAUUAAGUUGUAAGGGAGUUUAAGGAAUAGCACUAUAUUUAAACAAAGGUGAUAUUUCAAUCAAAUCUUUUGAAGAAUUAAAUAUUUUUUCCAGGAAACUUCAGCAUGAAGGCUAGUGAAUGUUAUUGUGGGUCUUUCCAUCCAAUUUUGGACGGAGAGAAAUGUACAUUUUUUUAAUAUAGCAUAUACAAUUAUUUUUUAUUUUACACAAUGAUAAGGAUCAUUCUUCUUAUAUAAAAAAAUGACAGAACAGAAAAUUUACUGGGCAAAGGGUCAUGUAUUAUGAUGUCCUAAAAUCCUAGAGUACAUGCUCCUGACAUUGUCAAUUAUUAUUAUUAUCACCAUCAUCAUCUUUUUAUAAAUGUGUAUUGCAGUUGAUGAAUGAAUGCAAGGUUGUGUGCUAAGAUGCCUUAGAUAUAAAUGAGAUGAAGACUGUUUUUUCAUUGUAGGUACAUAUUGGUUCAAUGAAUGUUAUACAAUAAUAUAAACAAUUACAACAUUGAGAAAUGAAAGGAAAAAUGAGUGUAUUUCAUAAAGAUAUUUUGUAAAUAAUUACAUCAUUCAGCUUUGAGAGUUACUGUUAAAUUUAAUGUAUGACCUUGCCUUCCUUCAGACAGGUAUACCUAUGCAUAUACCAAGUAAUUAGGAGGUGUAUUCUUAGUAAUUAGAUUUUUAGCAAUAUUGUUUUUUGACAAAGUACUGAAGAGAUGUAAUAGUAUCAAAGGGACCAAUACUGCCAUAAGCUCAAUGGAUUUUUCUAAAAUAAUUUGUAGAGUGAUAUUGAUGUUUUGUACAUAAAGCUAACUUGAUAAUUAAAUUCUGUGAAUUGUGUAAGCUAUUUUUAAUUUAGUUUCUCAACAAAUAAUUUUAGCUAUGAAAAUUCUGCUCUUUUUACAAUGUUGAAUUGCAGAGACAGAUCCAGAAAGUAGUAUUUCUUAGCCGGAGGCAAUUUCAGUUAAAACCUGCCCCACAAAUAUUUUUGAGAACAGUUCCUAGCUUGAAAUAUGUAUAACUUAUUCAUAAUGGGAAUACUUCUUUAUAAGUAGUGCAAUGCAUAUUGCAAUGGUAAUUGGUUAUAAUAAAUUGAUUAAUUUUACAAAACAAUAAAGUUGGAUUUGCCCCACUUGGAUCUGCCUCCGUUGCAUUGUUACUGAAGUAGGCAAGUAAUACAUUGUUCUGUAAAUAAAAAUAGUAUCUCUCAAUAGAAUCAUGAAUCUGUGAUUAUUAUUCAUUUAUAAUCAUUUCUAUGUACCUUAUAGCUUGUUUUGUUAUUAAUAUUACCAGUUAUAUUUUCACUGGUUAUCAUUUACUGUACCAAAUAAAAACAAUAAUGGUUGAAACAAUUGUCUCUCUUCAAUACCUAUGCAUGCAUGUUUACUGAAAGUACUCAUUGGAGUUGAGGAGGAAAUG